AUGAGGAAAUGGCAGAUUUUAGAGUUCGAUGGAAAGCCAUAUUAUGCAUUUGUACCGGAGGGUGACGUACCGUUACCAGACGAAGAUAUUCCUGAAGAAUUGGAAGAGGUUGUAGAGAAUGAGGAAGAAUUGAUGAAGGAGGGAAAGGAAGAGGUAAAUGAUUUGGUAGAAGACGAGGAAGGUAGCAAGGUACCAAAAGUUGAAUGCCUUUAUAGCGAAGAAAAUUUACAAUAUGAUUCGAUGGAUGAAAAACUUUACGAGGAAGGAAAUAUUUUUAAUGGGAAUUACGAACAAAAGGAGGAAGAGAUAGACACAAAACCGAUCGUACUUAACGGAAGUAAUGGGGUAGACGGUAGAAACACUGUAGGAGAUUUGUAUCAGGUGAAACUUCAAGGUAGCAUGGUGACCAUAGAAAAGCUUUUUUCUACAGAUAUCAAUGUGAAAUCAAACAAUAAUUUUCAAAGCGAAGAAACUUAUAACAAUAAUGCUGAAGACGAAGGAGAAGUAGAAUAUCUCGAAAGCGAGAUCUUAGGAUCUACGAACGAUACCGCAUCUCCAACGAAAAAUCGCAAAAAGGUUUCGAAUACUGCACUGAAGUGUAAACUGUGUUCAGAGAUGUUCAACUCGGCAAUAUCCUUUCGAAAGCAUGUUGCAUGGACUCACAAAAAGAAAGUGUGCAUACAAGAGGACGGUGCUUAUAUAUGCGCCGUGUGUGAUUAUAGAACAUUGAAAAAAAGCUUGUUCGCGGCACAUCUUGAAAGAAAACACGAAACUUGGUCGAGAAAACGACCAAACAAUUUACUCUUUCCCUGUGCCGCUUGUGGAUUUGUAUGUAGAUCCAAACACUCGUUACAGUCUCAUUUUAUAAGGAAACAUACGGAUCGAUAUGAACAUCAGUGUAAAUUUUGUCCGAAAAAAUUCAAGGUCAAAGGUGAUCUCACGAAUCACGUGAGAUUCCAUCAUAAGGAGAAACCAUUGAAUUGUGACGUUUGUGGAAAACUCUGUCAGAAUAGUGGUUCUCUUUAUGUUCAUCAGAAAUGGGCGCAUUACAAGCCAAAAUAUGAAUGUCAUAUUUGUAAAAGACGAAUGGUGACCCAGGAGAACUUAGAUCAACAUCUUUUAAUGCAACAUGAAAAGAGAGAAAAAAUCGUAUGCGCGGAGUGUGGUAAAACAUUCACAAAAAAAGAUUCUUUCAAGAGACACAUGGCUGUUCAUACCGGAUGUAAACCACAUUCUUGUCUGAUCUGUAACAAACCUUUUGCAAGAAGAUCGCAAUUGAGACAGCACUUGCUAAUACACACAGGAAAGCGACCAUUUGUUUGCGACAUUUGUGGGAAAGCUUUCACUCAAAAACCGGGUUUAAUAUGUCAUAGAAAGACACAUCCUGGCCCACAUCCACCAUUACCCGUGAUGCCAAUCGCGGACAUCGUUAAGGAAUUUACUGAAGGAUACGUUCAAGAGAUCAAUGCGCGUGAAAACGACGAGAGAAUAGUCGAAGAAACAUAA